AGAAAUUUGUGUUUACUGAUUAUUUUUUUGAUUACAACACCCGGAAUAAAUUUAAAUUCGUGAAAUUUUUAAUUAAAUGCCAAAUUUAUUCUAUUUUCAAUCUUUCAUAGGGUAAAUAUUUUCAUUCAACGAUCAUGGAUGAUGAUUUCGAAGAUGACAAGCCUUGGGAAGGCGAAACAGCUGAUGCAGAGUCGGACGAUGGAUUGGAAGAGAAUCCUCAACUUGUGCUUAGCGAAUGUCUGGAAAAAUUCAGCACUCCUGAUUAUAUUAUGGAACCUGGAAUAUUUCUGCAACUGAAAAGAUAUUUCCAAGCUGGUGGUAAUCCAGAAACUGUAAUCGAUCUUCUGUCUGAUAACUAUAAAGCUGUCGCUCAAAUGACUAACUUGAUCGCAGACUGGUUGAUUCUAGCUGGCAUGGAAAUCACAGAAGUCCAAGCUAUGGUGGAAAAUCACUUGAAGGAAAUGAUCUUGAAAUCUUUCGACCCUAAAAAAGCAGAUACUAUUUUCACAGAGGAGGGAAAGACUCCAUCUUGGUUACCUGAAAUGAUCGAACAUCCUACUUGGCGUUCUCUAAUUUAUCGUUUGGCCGAAGAAUAUCCCGAUUGUUUGAUGUUGAAUUUCACCAUAAAGUUGAUAUCGGAUGCUGGAUUUCAAGCCGAAAUUACCAGCAUAUCGACCGCUGCUCAACAAAUGGAAGUAUUUUCGAGCGUUUUGAAAACAUCGAUAACCAAUUUCUUGCAGGCUUCUCACGACGAACAGAAUAAAUAUAUUGAAGAGUGUGCCAAAAUGGUUUGCCAUGGGCAACAUACAUACGUUUAUAGCUCGGUUUUAUUACAAGUUCUAUCAUCCGAGUAUAGAGGAGGUAUAAAUAUCAAAAGAUUGCAACAAGAGAUUUCCAAAUGUGCUCAAAAAAAGAACGAUAUCACUGCUAUUACAAUGGCGUUGAAUGGUGCUGCAAACUAUCCGCAAGCGUGCCAGGCUUUAUCAUCUAUGUUAUCUCGUAAUACGUUAAAUCCGGCCGAUAUUACGGUUUUAUUCAGAAACUACUCGACAGCUGAUCCUCCGCCGAUCGAUCUCAUCAGAAUACCUCAAUUUUUAGAACUACUCGUUGACAGUUUAUUCAAACCAGGAGUAAAACUGAACCCUGAGCAUAAACCAAAAUACAUCUAUUUGCUAGCUUAUGCUGCCAGUGUGUACGAAAUAUCGUCUAGUAAAAAACCUGGCAUGAGGAAAAGUAUCAACAAAGACGAAUUGAAAUCAACUACCCAAGCCAUUGAUAAAGUUCACACGAUAUGUUACAAUAAUAAGGGAUCUACCGAAUUAAUCGCCGAAAUCACUACCCUGUUUCAAUACAUAAGAUUUCCGGUCGUUUCUAUCGGUAUUAUUCGUUGGGUCGAAUGCACGGUAAUGGAACCGAGCUACUUUAAAUUAUGCACUGAGCAUACUCCGACCCAUUUAGCUUUAUUAGACGAAGUCGUAGCGUGUCAUCCAUUAUUGCAUUUAACAGUCCUGCGAAUUUUUAUCGUUCUGUUUGAAUCAAAACAGCACGAUUUAGAUGUUCUUGUCCAGCUCGAGAUAAGGAAAAUGUUAUUGGAUAGGAUGGUCAAUUUAUUAUGUAGUGGGUGCGUUGUACCUGUUGUGAAAUAUAUUCAACAAUGUUGGCAACGUGGAGACACCGAUAUUAGUUUAAUUCGAUAUUUCGUCACUGAAGUUCUGGAAGCUAUAUCACCUCCAUACUCGGCUGAAUUCGUGAAUUUAUUUUUACCCAUUGUAGAAAAUGAUGAAAUCACAGGUACUAUGAGAUGUUGUGAAGGGGACACUGAUCCUGUUUCAGAAUUUAUUGUGCAUUGCAAGGGUAUGAUUAUGUGAUGUUCGAUGGAAGAAUUUUUUCUUUUCAAUUUGUAUAUUUUUUUAUGUUUUUUUUAAUAAUGUAUCGUGUUGAUAAAUUAAGCUUCAUUAAAAAUGUUGCUUAUCA